AUGGAUAAAUUCCAGGAUAUUUGCCACCAAAACGAGCAGUUUCAAUGCCUUAUCUAUAUUAGGAUUAAUGGACGUGAUGCAUAUUUAAAUGACGAUUUUCAAUUCGAAAACUGCAUGCGAAUAUUGCCGCUGGAACAACAGGCCCGGAUUCUCGAGAAACGAGGUCGAACGCGUCAAAUAGCGUUGGUUUCGCAAUUACUACAGCUGAUGGGGUGUUGUAAGGCUACAAGACGGAAUAUUGGUGAUUUGAAGUUUAGUAAUGGAAAGUUUGGGAAACCAAGACUGUUGGGUCGACGAGUUCCGGCGUUUAGUAUGUCUAAUAGCGACGGAUUCUGUGCGAUGUUUUUGAGACGAAACAGCGGCGACGAGGACGACGAAAAUGGCAUACCUAGCGAGGUGGGACUGGAUCUGGCGUCGACCACUGACUGUAAAUCCUGGAACGAUGAAUACCUGAACGAAUUUAAAGACAUAUUUUCAGUUCACGAGUUUACACACCUGAGAAAGACACUGGAUGCCGGCCGGGGUCGAAAACUGCUUGAUCGAAUUUUCACACACUAUUGGUCCAUGAAAGAAGCGUAUACUAAGUUUACGGGCACGGGAUUGAACUGUGAUCUGAGUGAAAUCGAUUUGGGUUCGGUUAGUGAGAGUGACUACAAUCGUAAUGCUGAGUUUAUAAGGACUGUACAAAUUGAUCAACGAUGCAUGGUUUUUCGAUCAAAAUGGAUCAAUGAAACGGUAGUAGCUACCGUUUGCUACGAAAUGGGUUCUGAUGAUGCGGGAAGUCCAGGAUUGACCAUGUGUUCGCUUGAAUUACCCGAAGUCAUUAUAGAAGCCCUCAAUAUGAAGUGA